AUGCCCAGCGCCACGGGCCAGAACUGGGAGAAGUACAAGAAGAACUUUGCCGAUGACGAAGAGCCAGAGAAAAAGAUAACGCCGUUGACAGAUGAGGAUAUCCAUGUGCUGAAGACCUACGGCGCUGCUCCAUACGCUGCGGCGAUAAAAAAGCUUGAAAAACAGAUCAAGGACAAGCAAGCAAGUGUAAACGAGAAGAUAGGAGUCAAAGAAUCCGACACCGGGUUGGCGCCGCCACACCUUUGGGAUGUUGCUGCAGACAGACAGCGGAUGGCCGAAGAGCAACCGCUACAGGUUGCUCGGUGUACAAAGAUCAUUCAAGAUGAAAAGGAUGCUGAGAAGAGCAAAUACGUCAUCAACGUGAAGCAGAUCGCCAAGUUUGUUGUAAACCUCGGCGAGCGAGUCAGUCCAACAGAUAUUGAGGAAGGGAUGCGAGUAGGUGUCGACCGGAAUAAAUACCAAAUUCUUCUACCGCUACCUCCUAAGAUUGACCCGAGUGUUACGAUGAUGACUGUCGAAGACAAGCCCGAUGUUACAUACGGUGAUGUUGGAGGAAGCAAGGAACAGAUUGAAAAACUCAGAGAAGUCGUAGAAAUGCCACUCCUAUCACCAGAGCGAUUCGUUGGCCUUGGAAUAGACCCACCAAAGGGUGCUUUGCUCUACGGACCCCCCGGAACUGGAAAGACACUUUGCGCGCGAGCGGUAGCGAACCGAACAGAUGCAACAUUUAUCCGUGUUAUUGGCAGUGAGCUUGUUCAAAAAUACGUGGGAGAGGGUGCUAGGAUGGUGAGAGAGCUUUUCGAGAUGGCUCGGACCAAGAAGGCGUGCAUCAUCUUUUUCGACGAAAUUGACGCUAUCGGUGGUGCCCGUUUUGACGACGGUGCUGGUGGUGAUAACGAAGUUCAGAGAACGAUGUUGGAGUUGAUUACGCAGCUGGAUGGUUUCGAUUCAAGAGGAAACAUCAAGGUUAUGUUUGCAACCAACAGACCGUCUACUCUCGACCCUGCGCUCAUGAGACCUGGCCGUAUCGACCGAAAGAUCGAGUUCUCCCUACCUGAUCUAGACGGCCGUGCCAACAUCUUGCGAAUUCACGCUAAGAGUAUGUCGGUGGAGCGUGAUAUAAGAUGGGAGCUUAUCUCCCGACUAUGUCCCAACUCCACCGGUGCCGAACUGCGAAGUGUUGCUACCGAGGCCGGUAUGUUCGCAAUCAGAGCCCGCCGCAAGGUCGCAACCGAGAAGGACUUUUUGGCUGCCGUGGACAAAGUCAUCAAGGGCAACUUGAAGUUCAACUCCACGGCCACAUACAUGCAAUACAACUAG